AGCGAUCAUCGUGAUCCCCCCAUGACCUGGGAAAAUCGAGUUCUAAGCGAUCCUCGGAUCCCCCCUUUUUCUGUCAAAAAGACUGUGUUUCUAAGGAGAUGUUAAUAUUAAGGUCGAUCUUGCUUAUCUUACUUUUUUUUAUAUUCAUCAACUGUCGCGUACCAAGAGAAGAAAUUUAAAGAGAAGAUGCAAAAUAUCCGUCAAAUAUGCCCUGAAGGUGCGCAGUGGCUUGAUCAACAUGACCUUGAAAUGUGGACUUUUCAUAAGGACGGAGGUCACAGAUGGGGUAUUGCCAUAACAAACUCAAGCGAGAGUAUCAACAACGUCUACAGGGAAUGUCGUGCACUCCCCAUCUCUGCAAUUGUUGAGAUGACAUUCUGGAAAACAAACGGAUGGUUCGUCAACCGUCUCCAUUGGUGUGAGAAGAGGGAGGCACAAGGAAAUAUACAUUCCGAUUAUGCCACAAAAAUAAUGGAAAAAGAUAAUCGGAAAAGCUCUCGUCACACAGUCACUGUGAUGAACCGAAAUGCUGGCGAGUAUUCGGUCGAGACUAGGCACUGGGAGGAUGGGAGACGUGGGGGACAUCGCCAUGAAGUCACCGUCAACUUUAGGACUAAAAAAGGGGCGUGCUCUUGUCAGAAGUAUCAGGGUAGAGGAAUACCAUGUUCCCAUGCAAUGGCUGUAAUAAAGCACAGGAGCAAAGACCCUCGUCAUUUCGUCAGUUCGUUCUUCAACAUUGACUCACAAAAGAGCAGUUAUUGUACUAGUUUCCGUGCAUUGCCGGAUGAAGCUUACUGGCCAGUUUAUGAGGGUAUGGUCAUCAUUCCACCAAUCGGUCUUAGGCAGGAAACAGGGCGCCCGCGGGUAAAAAGGAUUCCAAAUGAAAUGGAUCAAAGUGGAAGACCACCGCGAGGGCCAAGGCGGUGUUCCAUAUGCAAAUUACCCGGUCAUGAUAAACGAAAAUGUCCCGGACCAAUUGGUCCUCAAAAUGCAGGGCCCGAUGUGGUGAACCCGGAUAAUGGCGCUUAGAUUGAUUUCAUGCGUUUGUUCCAUCUUUGUGUAUUAAUUUCAAUGGUUACUCUACUUGUAUUUGUGUGCUUAAAUGACAUUGGAGCUUUGCACAAUUAACAAAAUUUGGUGCAAUUUUCCAUCUUUUUGAAUAAAACACAUCACGAACACAAACACACUACAUGAAAAACUAAAAAAUAACUUCAACUAAAAACACCAUUGUUCAACUUAAUUUAAACAAAACAUAACUUGAAAUAAACACAUUACAUGAAA